GGCGAGCCCGCCCGAGAAGAAGAAGGACGCCCUCGAGGAAGCAAACGUGCCCAUCGCGCCCUCCAGCAAGAAUGGACAACUCGCGAAGAAGGGCUCCCUCACCAUCCUGCGGAGGCCCAGCAGCAAGAACCUGGCCGGGCGCGGCUCGCGGCACUCCUCCUCGCAGGACGAUGACGCUGUGGAUGCCGUCGACCUCGCCAACGACGCCCCCGCCGUCGACAACCCCGACGCCUGCGAGAAGGCCGCCCUCAGGUUGCGAAGCCUCCUGCGCCACCUGCAGCAGGGAGAGGUCCCGGCCGCGGUCCUGCAGCAGAACCUGCAGUUCGCCGCUGACGUCCUCGAGUCGGUCUACCUUGACGAAGCGAGCAGGUGUGAGGAGCAGCAGGAUCGGGCUAUAACCAUCAGUCUUGAGCCUCCGAGCAGGAAGUCUAGGAGAGUCACGUCGAACGACAAAUCCUCAAGG